AUGGGUGAAAAACUUUUGUAUAGAACGCACCUCAUAUCAGUAACGGGACGUCACAUCGUCCCGGCGCCCGGGCGGGGCAUGUCGCGCGUCGCGCCGACGCCGACCCCCGCGCCGCCGCGCCGCACCGCGCGCGUACCGUCCACGUCGACGCGCGCGAGCGCGCGCGUCGAGGCGAUGGCGUCGAGCUCCGCGUCGGCGCGGUUCGCGACGGUCGCGACCGGGAUCGUCCCGCCGCUCCCGGACGACGACGCCGACGCCGACGCCGAGCUCGACGUCGCGCCGGACGACGGGAGGUGGAACCUCGCCAAGGCGACGCUCGCGGCGUUCCCGGAGCGAUACCCGACGCUCACCGCGGCGAGGAAGGCGGUCCGGAGAGGCGAGCUCAGGGUGGACGGCGUCCCGCGAAAGGGCGACUACCGCGUCGCCGCCGGCGCCGCCGUCUCCGUCGUCGCGCGCGUCUCGAGCGGCGACGCGCUCGACGUCCGCGACCUCCCGAGCGACCUCCCGCGGCUCGAGAUCGCGUACGAGGACAAUCACAUGGCGGUGAUCGUCAAGCCGGAGGGGAUGCCGAGCGUGGGGGACGGCGCGUGGAACGCGGAGCGCGCGCUGCCGUAUUACCUUCGGGAGACGCGUCGCGUCGAGGGGGCGCUGAGUCGCCCGCGUCCGGUGCAUCGGCUGGACGCCGCGACGUCCGGUCUGCUCGUGUGCGCGAAGACGCGACUCGCGAUGACGUCGCUGUCGGUCGCGUUCGCGCGGCGCGAGCCGAAGAAGCGAUACCGAGCCGUGCUCGCGGGCGCGGCGGGCGGCUGGGAGUCCGGAAGCGAAGGCGUCGCGGACGCGCCGUUGGAGGGGAAGCCGUGCGUCACGCGGUGGCGCGUCGACCGCGUCGCGCCGUGCUCGAGGCACGGGCGCGUGACGUUGAUGGACUUCGCCCCGGAGACGGGCCGCACGCAUCAGCUCAGGAGGCACGCGGCGGAGAGCUUGAGGUGUCCGAUCGUCGGGGAUUUUAGGUAUACCAAAAAGAGCGACGACGCGUUCGGCGGGUUGGACGACCGCGACGGACUGUUCCUCGCGGCGGUGGAGAUAUCGCUCCCGCCGAGCGCGACGCCCUGGAUCAAUCGGGGUGGAGAGGGGGCUUUCGCGGGGGAGGGGGAGGGGGGCGAUGACGACGACGACGACGACGGGUGGUUGCGCGUGCGCAUCGACGACCCGGAGAAGUUCGCGAGAAGGCUCGGGGGCGUCGUCGUCGCGUAA